UGGCUUUGAAAGCUCAGGGAAGAAGCAGCAGGGAGAGAAAAGUAACACAGUGUGCCUGAAAAUGACAACAAAGCGGAAUUUGUUUGUGCGGCUGGUGCCAUGCCGCUGCCUGCGCGGAGAGGAGGAAACAGUCACUACACUUGAUUAUUCUCACUGCAGCCUGGAACAGGUGCCUAAGGAGAUUUUUACUUUUGAAAAGACCUUGGAAGAACUCUAUUUAGAUGCUAAUCAGAUUGAAGAGCUUCCAAAGCAACUUUUUAACUGUCAGUCUCUGUACAAGCUGAGUUUGCCAGACAAUGACCUAACCACAUUGCCAGCAUCCAUUGCAAAUCUCAUUAAUCUCAGGGAACUGGAUGUCAGCAAGAAUGGCAUACAGGAGUUUCCAGAAAAUAUAAAGAACUGUAAAGUUUUGACAGUUGUUGAGGCCAGCGUAAAUCCAAUUUCAAAACUUCCAGAUGGAUUUUCCCAACUGCUAAACCUGACGCAGCUGUACCUGAAUGAUGCUUUUCUUGAGUUUUUGCCAGCCAAUUUUGGCAGAUUAACUAAACUCCAGAUAUUGGAACUUAGAGAAAACCAGUUAAAAAUAUUGCCAAAAACCAUGUCCAGACUGACUCAGCUGGAGAGACUGGACUUAGGAAGUAAUGAAUUCACAGAAGUGCCUGAAGUACUUGAACAACUGAGUGGGUUAAAGGAAUUUUGGAUGGAUGGUAAUAGACUAACGCUUAUUCCAGGGUUCAUAGGCACUUUGAAACAACUGACCUACUUGGAUGUUUCUAAAAACAACAUUGAAGUAGUUGAAGAAGGCAUUUCAGGUUGUGAAAGCCUGCAAGACCUACUGUUAUCCAGUAAUUCACUUCAGCAACUGCCAGAGUCUAUUGGUUCUCUGAAGAAGGUAACAACACUUAAAAUUGAUGAAAACCAGUUAAUAUAUUUGCCAGACUCCAUAGGAGGGUUGAUGUCAGUAGAAGAGCUGGACUGUAGUUUCAAUGAGAUUGAAACAUUGCCUUCGUCUGUUGGGCAACUCUGUAAUAUAAGGACAUUUGCUGCAGAUCAUAACUUUUUAACACAGCUGCCAUCAGAGAUUGGAAACUGGAAGCAUGUAACAGUUUUGUUUCUGCAUUCUAAUAAGCUUGAAUUCCUCCCUGAAGAAAUGGGUGAUAUGCAGAAAUUAAAAGUCAUCAAUCUAAGUGACAAUAGACUGAAGAAUUUACCAUUUACCUUUACAAAACUGCAACAGCUCACUGCUAUGUGGCUAUCAGACAAUCAGUCUAAACCACUUAUCCCUCUUCAAAAAGAAGCUGACCCUGACACACAGAAAACAGUGCUUACUAAUUACAUGUUCCCCCAGCAACCAAGGACUGAGGAUGUUAUGUUCAUAUCUGAUAAUGAAAGUUUCAAUCCAUCUCUGUGGGAGGAACAGCGGAAACAGCGUGCUCAAGUGGCAUUUGAGUGUGAUGAAGACAAAGAUGAGAGAGAGGCACCACCUCGGGAAGGCAACCUGAAGAGAUAUCCAACUCCAUAUCCUGAUGAACUGAAGAAUAUGGUCAAAACAGUCCAGACAAUUGUGCAUAGGCUAAAGGAUGAAGAAUCUUCUGAAGAUACUGCCAAGGAGUCAAAACGAGAAGGCCAGACGGUUUCUGUAAAAGAUGUGGGGGUAAAGACUUCAGAAAUUGCUUCAAUAAAGAACAAAGCAGACGAGAGAAAGCAAUAUUCAAAGCUUACUGAACCAGAAGCUGAGCACAGCACUGCAAAUUCACAGAUGACUGCACUUGUGAAAACCUUGCAGAACACAAAAACAAUUGUCAACCAUGAAGACACGCUUGAGGAGUCAGAAGAGCUAUCCUCUGAUGAAGAGAUGAAAAUGGCAGAAAUGCGACCACCACUGAUAGAAACCUCCAUAAACCAACCAAAAGUAGUAGCUCUUGGCAAUAACAAAAAAGAUGAUUCAAAAGAUGCUGAUUCCUUAUCAGAUGAAGCUACCCACAAUAGCAAUCAGAAUAACAGCAACUGUUCCUCUCCUUCUCGAAUGUCUGAUUCUGUUUCCUUAAAUACUGAUAGUAGCCAAGAUAUUUCUCUCUGUUCUCCAGACAAAGAAACACAUGCUGCUGUUUUAUCCAAGAUCAGGCGAGAAGAUGAAAAUUUGAAUAACCUUUUACAAAAUGGAGGUGAAUUGAGGAUUACUGUAGAAGAAAAAAUAAAUGUGCAAGAGAAGGUUACAAAUUUGUCUGAAUAUGAAUUAAGCAUUGAAGAAAGAUUAGGCCUGAUAGGAAAAGGUGUUGAUCUGAGCACUCCUACGGAGGAGUCUCACAAAUUAGACCAAAUAAACAUGAAUAUCAGUAAACUGGUUAGUGAAGAGGCAGUGCCAGUUCCUGUAGAAAGGUUGCAAACACAGGAAGUUGGUUCAGGAAAGGGCUUUUUGAAUAACAAUGCAAAAGAAGAAAGUGAGCACUUGGAAAAUGAAAAUAAGUAUCCUAUAAAUAAAGUAAAUGGACAUCCUGAGGAAACAGUACAGUCUCCCAGUAAAGACAAACUAACAAGAAGCACUACAGUUGAUGGCGAUUCUGCUGAGCUGUCUGUUUCAAGGAGCACUGAAGAUUUGUCCCCACAGAGAAGUGGUCCUGUGAUGAAAUCUCAUAGCAUCACCAGUAUGGACACUGGUGGUAUGAAAAUAUACAAUAUUGUCAAUGAGGAUGGAUCGCAACAGCCAAACGCAGUGGUAAAAUCAGCAUCUGAUAGUGCAGAUGGAAAAAACAUAGUCCGAAGUAAAUCCGCUACUCUUCUGUAUGAUCAGCCUUUGCAGGUUUUUCCUGGGUCGUCAUCAUCAUCUGAUUUAGUAUCUUCUACAAAAACUGUGUUCAAGUUUGACUCAAAUCACAAUCCUGAAGGUGCUAAUGUAGUGAGAGGAUCAGUGACAAGUGGUGCACAGAUGUCCUGUGCUCCCCAGUAUAAUAUUCAAUACAGCAGCAGUGCAACAGCGAAAGACACCUUGUGGCCCCAGAAACAAAACGCUCAAGUAGAACAAGGCAGCUUACCUUCUUCACGUCUCCUUAGGUCUGACAGUACAGAAACCCCUAACUAUGUUAAGCAUUCUGCCAACAUGAAUUUCUCAAAUCAUAACAAUGUCCGAGCCAGCACUGUGUAUAAUACUCAUCAACGGAUGGCUGGGAGACACAUAGAUAUGUGGGCUAUUCCACCAAAUGAUAGACUGCUCCCAGGAGCAACCAGGCACACUCUUCAAAGGCAAAGCAGUGUGUCUUCUACAGCUUCUAUAAAUGUUGGGGAUAUUGUACCUUCAAGGCGGCCACAGGUUCCUGAAGGGGACUAUUUAACAUACAGAGAUUUGCAUUCAAUGGGAAGAGCUCCACCAUUAAUGUCUGGGCAACAGAGACCUCUUUCUGCUAGGACAUACAGCAUUGAUGGUCCAAAUGUACCCCGACCACAGAGUGCUAGGCCAUCAGUGAAUGAAAUACCAGAAAGAACUAUGUCAGUUAGUGACUUCAGUUACUCACGGACUAGCCCAUCAAAGAGAUCAAACCCAAGGGUUAACUCGGAGCACUCUUUAUUAGAUCCUCCAGGAAAAAGUAAAGUCCCUCAUGACUGGAGGGAACAGGUGCUGCGACAUAUUGAGGCUAAAAAGCUAGAAAAGAGCAUGCUGUCUAGGUCCUUUAAUUCCAAUUAUGCUGCAGUUAGCAGCUUUCACUAUGGCAGCUCUAGGGAUCUGCAUGGCAGCCAGGGUAGUGUUGCCUUGAGUGUUGCAGACGGAAGAGGUUCUGGUGUGCACAUUGUUCGAGUACCUUUGACAAAUGGACAAAUGUGCCAGCCUCAGAGAUCUCAGGCAAACUAUAGCCAACUCCAUCAUCUCCCUCCUCAAUCAUCAGUAGCAAGACAUCCAUCUAGAGAGCAGUUGAUUGAUUAUCUGAUGUUGAAAGUUGCCCACCAACCUCCCUAUUCCCAGUCCCAAUGUUCUCCCAGACAAAGCCAUGAGUUGGCAAAGCAAGAGAUUCGAGUGAGAAUUGACAAGGACCCAGAACUUGGAUUUAGCAUAUCCGGAGGAGUUGGUGGAAGAGGGAAUCCAUUCAGACCUGAAGAUGAUGGUAUAUUUGUAACCAGAGUACAACCAGAAGGACCAGCAUCUAAGCUGUUGCAGCCUGGAGAUAAAAUAAUUCAGGCCAAUGGAUACAGCUUCAUCAAUAUCGAUCAUGGACAAGCAGUAUCUUUGCUAAAGACUUUUCAGAAUGCAGUGGAACUCAUCAUUGUGCGAGAAGUUUCUGUAUAAGUACUGUGGAUGUGGGGGAAAAGCCAGCAGAAUACAUUGAAGGACUUACGAGAAACUGAGUAUUUUGCCUAUUUUUAUACAUGAAAGGAGCUCAAAAAGAAUUACGAUCAAAAUUUGUACAGGAAAUACCGAACUUGUGGUUAAGGGAGGGCAUACCACUGUAUGGAACAUACAGGAAAUCAUUUUGGAAAUGCAUAUGGUGAUUAAACUUGUUUUUAAGCAUUAUAGCAAUCUAAGGAUCACUCCUCCAAGAACAAACCUGUGUUGUUUUUUUGUACAGAUGGUAGGUUUAUUUUUGGAUAAUUCAUACACAUUACUAAACUUUGUGCAAGGCUUUAUGAAGCCUCUGUUGUAGCCAAUGGACAGAUGGCAGGGCUGUCUGUCCUGUAGCUGUUUAUUGCCUUUAUUUUUAUUUACUAGAUAUUAAUGUGUUAUGCUGAAACCACUUAUUUAGGUAUGAAAUGGGGAUAUAAAAUGUUGGCUUUGCUAUGUGCACAUUGUAUGGAUGAAUGGGUAGAUGGAAGGUGGUGCUGGUUGGAGAGAAUAAAGGUCAGGUGAAACAACUAUCUAUCUGCUAUCUAAAUCUGGCAUCA